AUGGUCCGUAUUAAGCCAUCGGCGGUCAGUGUCGAUGAAGUCGAGCUGAACCGUCAGUUACGACACGCCUGUCCGCGAAUCAAGCGGUGGAAGUCCCGUAUCGACGAAGCGGAUGGCGAUCCCCAACGUAUGCGCGAACAGGCCAUCUGUAAGUCCCCAGUGUAUGUGGCCAUACAAAAGGGUAGCCGUAAUAUACAGAUCAGGACCCGUACUAAACCCAAGUGGUGGAGGAAAUGGAUACAAGAGGCCAAGAAGUAUGAUUUUGAUGACUCGUACGCCACACCCAUACACAUACCGACCGAAGUCUACCGACACCAACGACAGGUAUCGUUCAGCUCUAGCCAGCCAUCAUCGUCACAUUCAUCGCCGAGUCAUCGGCGGUCGAUACCGGUAUCGCCGGUCAAAACUGGUAUACAUUCACCGAUAAAAGUAUCCGUUUUGAAAUCGGAACAGUUUUAUCGGUCACCAACUAAACGGUCGCCAAAUAAUCGUGGCGUACCGUUACUAACCCUGACACCGGUACCAUUGAAUCAGGUAUUGAAGAAAAAAGCCCGUACCAUUGGACUGGUAUCAUCGAUUGGUAAGGGUAGAUGGAUUGAACAGGAUGGCGGUUUACUAUCGGUGCCCGGCAAACAAGUAUUUCAAUAUGAUAGCGCAUCGGAUACAGAGGAUGAAAGGCUGGCCAAAGGGGGCGAAAUUUUAUCAAAACUUAUUGGUCCCGGAAGUCCUACAGUAGCCGCCAAACGGCUAAUGUCGGCCAAACAACGUCGCGAAGAAGCCCCGAAAUCACCGAAGAGGACAUUGUCGCCAAAAAUUGGCGGCCAAGAGGUCAGCGAAGAAGAAUCGGAAUCCGAUUCGCACCUAUCGCCGACAACACGUCGCUUGAGGUCAAAGAUCAGAGCCGCCGGCCAGACAUCUCUGAUCUUUUCGCCGGAUCGUCGAUCCGUUAAAAACUCGGUACUCGUCGAGGAAAGCGAAGGAACUACCGAUCCGGAGGACACCACAGCCGCAGGACAUCAGUCGGCUCGGGCCAGGAGUGCGGCCCUGAAAAAAAUCAGAGCUACCGGUCAGGUAAGGGCCGCACUAUCGCCGCAUAAGAGUCCUUCGCGAAAGUCUGGCCAUCAAGAAGUAGAAGCCGAAGAACGAACACCUAAAACGCCGGCCUAUAUGAAGAAGAAGAUCCGUGCAAUUGGCAAAACAUCGGCUGCACUGUCGCCCAGCAAACGUGACUCAAUACUGGCCACCACUGAUACGGACAAUGAGGGAGGUUUGGACGGUAGCCGUGGAGGCGGCGAUAAAAGUUUGUGUGACUUUAUAUUUGAUUUGUAUUUUAUUAUUGUUGUUGUUGUGGUCAUUGAUAUAUCAUAUACAGAAUCAUCAGGAAUUGGAUCCAUAUUCAGAAAAAUCAAGACAAUAGCCAGACUAUCGUCGACAACCAAUGCACCCGACGCUAGUAAUUAG